AUGAGAGAAGACGUAAACCCAGAGGAGCGAAGAAUUACGCAGGGACGAAAGGAAAGGGGAACCCUGGAAAGAUUGCUGCUGGAGAGGAAAGCCGGCGGUGGAGGCCCAGGAAGACGCGGGGAAACGACCGGUCGCCUGGCGACGAAUUUAGUCUUUCGCGUUCCAAGAAACGUGCUUCCUUUCUCGCGCCUUCCUGCUUUUCCAUACCGUGUGUCUGGGGUGGGCGUCCUGUGGCUCGGAUACUCUCUUCGGGGACGACAACGCUGUCAGGGAGGGAAACCCCCUCGCACACCAACUAUAACACGGCAUAUCUGGGGAGACUUGGCCGGUCCAGCUUCCCGGGCCUCGAGUUUGGGCGAAACUCUCAAAACGCCCUGGCGACCGUGGACGGGCAGCGGGAUCCUUGGGGAAGUUCACUUCUAAAGGUUCGGCGA